ACUCUGUUGCGUCGUCGCAAACGCAGUCGAUGCAUGCGCGCUUUUAAAGGGACUCGGAUUUGAAGAGCAGAUGAAUAUAGGUUUACAGGGAAUUUUCUAAUCUACGAUUUUAAACCGCAGGACACAUAUGCCUGCUUGUGAAAGAGAAGAAGAGGGAAACUGAAUUGCUGUCCCUCCAACUUUCCUCGACACUAUGGAACCUUGUUAUGGAACUCUCGGAAGCCCUGUUUGGUGUAGGAGAAGUGGGGCACCAUUCGUUCUCCACCAAAUGUCUAGUCAUUGAAAGGAAUCGUGUCAGUUUUAAAACUUUUAAAUUGUUAUUCUUAGAUAGUUCCCAAAGGAUUGCAAUACAUUAAAUGCAAUGGCUGAUGACAAUGAUCCACUCGGAACCACAGAAUUUAUUAAAGAUAGGCUUUACUUUGCCUCUCUCAGAAGCAAACCGAAAAGUACGCCAAAUACCCACUAUUUCACCACUGAUGAUGAAUUUGUUUAUGAGAACUUUUAUGCAGAUUUUGGUCCUCUGAAUCUUGCUAUGCUAUAUAGAUUCUGCUGUAAAUUGAACAAAAAGCUUAAGUCCUUCACACUGUCUAGAAAAAGGGUGAUCUAUUACACCAGCUAUGACCAACGCAAACGAGCCAACGCUGCUUUCUUAAUCGGUGCCUAUGCGGUAAUCUACUUAAAAAGAACUCCUGAGGAGGCCUACCGGGCUCUUAUCUCUGGAACGAAUGUGUCAUACCUGCCCUUCAGAGAUGCUGCAUUUGGAAACUGCACAUAUAACCUGUCUAUUCUUGACUGUUUACAAGGAAUCCGCAAGGCUCUGCAGCAUGGGUUCUUCAACUUCGAGACGUUUGAUGUUGAAGAGUACGAACACUAUGAGCGUGUGGAGAACGGGGACUUCAACUGGAUUGUGCCAGGCAAGCUUCUGGCCUUCAGUGGCCCACACCCAAAGAGUAAAAUAGAGAAUGGUUACCCUCUUCAUGCUCCAGAGGCCUAUUUCCCAUACUUCAGGCAGCACAACGUGACCGACGUCGUGCGGCUCAACAGAAAGAUCUACGAGGGCCGACGCUUCACUGAUGCUGGCUUCCAGCACCAUGACCUGUUUUUUGUGGACGGCUCCACGCCCAGCGACCUCAUCCUGCGACGCUUCCUGCACAUUUGUGAGAGUUCAGAGGGUGCCGUGGCGGUACAUUGCAAGGCGGGCCUUGGCAGAACAGGCACUCUAAUUGCUUGUUAUCAGAUGAAACACUACCGUUUCACAGCAGCGGAAGCCAUUUCCUGGAUACGGAUCUGCAGGCCUGGCUCAAUCAUUGGGCCACAGCAGAACUAUCUUGAAGACAAGCAGCACAGUCUGUGGGUGCAAGGGGACAUGUUCCGCUCCAAGCAGCGUCAGCAGCAGCUGCGUCAGCGGCAGCAGCAGGAGCGGGAUGUGGCCCGUCUCAUCUCCAGCAUGGACGACGUGUCCAUCAACACCAGUGUCUUCAAGUCCCAGAGCAUGGACGAGAAUGACUUCAGGGUGGAUGGUCUGGGCCUGACUCAGGGAGAUAAACUCAGGGCCUUAAAGGCUCGACGCCAUUCUAGAUCUGCCACUUCUGAAGCACUGAGUGGAAUAAAUCCAGCACAGAGCUCCAUUUCUCCCCCCAAAGCGCCGAAAGCCCCCACCAAUGCUUUCGCCGCCUCCUCCUCCUCUCCAAGACGGCUCACUCGCAGUCCCUCAUCUUCAGCGGGAAACCUUAAAAGCUUAAACCCCAGAUUAGCCCGAUCACUUGGCAACCUCUACGGGGUUGACAACAUGGCUGAGAAUGCAGAUGAUGCCCCAUCCACGCCCUUUGCCUCCGCCUCCUCCUCCCCCUCCUGCUCCUUAGCGGCGUCUUCACCCUCCCUCUCUCCGUCCUUGGGCUUGGGGUUUGGCUACUCCCCCGGUGACCCUCGUCUCCCACCCACCCCAAACUACCACCAGGAGGCCAGCAACAAGCCCGGUGACCGGCCCGUGAGGCCCAGGGUUCCGGCCUUUGCGGCGGGCCCCAGAGGUCCAGCUGGACCCCGCAGAGCCCCGGUGCAGUCUGGGCUCACGGGCCGGCACCUGAGCCGAUCUAUCCCUUCCCUUCAGUCUGAAUAUGUUCACUACUAAAGCCGUUGUGUUGCGCUGACAAACACUACGUGAGCCCUGAGGAAAUCUUUUGCGCAGUGAAGACUGAAGAUCACUACAUCUACUGGAUACAGAAUCGGAUACAGAGUGCAAAACUAAAUUCUUUUCCAACCCCUGAAAACAAACAAACAAACAAACAAACAGGGGUAUCAGGGGAUACAAAACUCUUAUUUUGUAUGUUAACUCCUUGAACUGUACAGAAUUGGAUUUUCUAUGGAUUGUAAUUAUGGCUAGAUCACCAAAUAAGUUGUUACGUAGUUUUGUGCUCAUAAUGUGAUUGUGUUAUGU